UUGGCCAACGGGUUCGGCCGCCCUGAGCGGUCCUUCGCCAAGGAGAAGUCGUCGACUGUUUCUGCCGAAUCUAGUGAGCCCGUGAUCCAAGUUACUGCCCCUAUCACGGAGCCUCAGUUUCCCUGGCCCUUUUACAUUCGCCCCAAGUCUACUCGCAUGGCUGCCCAAGAAGAGGUGGGAGUGAAGCAGCCUGCAAGUAGAGUUCCUUCUUUGCCGGAACCUGUUUCGCCUCACCGAAAUGGGUUCAGUCAACCGUCCUCGAUCACGCACCUCGCGCCAGGCCCAAGCCGUCACUGCAACGCUUCCUCCGACCUUGGUGGCGACCGUGGUCGCCAAUACUUCCAAAACAAGAAGCUCCCUGAACUCCCUCAAAGAAAGUCACCCACGCGCGGCCCUUUUCCCGAGCCUUUCCCAGUUCUCGACUCUCAGUUGAGAGAUUCCAAGUCCAUUGACUUUUUCAACAAGGCCGUAUGCAAAGAUAUUCGUCGCCAACUAGCUGAGACUUGGGACCAGUCCCAACUCCGAAUGACCCCCAGCCAUCCCAGCCUGGCGCCAUCACCCAGCAGACUGUCACUCAGCAGCUCCAUGCUGCGAGAGCCUGAUUUCAACGACUUCCUCAACCUAAGCGACGAUGACAUUGCUGAGACCAGUCCCGAGAACUGGACCCCAGACCAGAACGCCACUGCAGCUCAUUCGACGGCUCCCUCCAUAACCGAGUCUCCUCGUCAAUCUCUUCUCAUUCUGCCACCGUCAUACCCGAGCCAGACUGCCACGGCUGCCGCCUUUGAGACCGCUAGAAUUGCCGACCGCUACAAUUUCGACCUCGUCUAUGUCGUCAAUCUUUGGUGUCCGGAGAACUUUCGGCCUCGAAGUUCUGGGCCGGACCUGGGUGACGCAGCCUCUGUCAACUCUAACGUAUCAGCCAAGCCGUCGCGGGGCAUGACGGGACGCCUGCUCGCUGCCUAUGGCUUACACAAUGUCAACUCGCCCUUCCAGAUCUCAGCUAUCGCGCAUGGAAAGAUUCUCCAAUCCCCAGGCUGGAUUGAGCACCGGAAUCAAGAGGCGCGAGAUGACGAGUUUGGUCAAGGCUAUGCCUGUUCUUUUUACACGGGACAGUACUCAAGAAAUGGCGCCCCCAGCUCGAGUAUCUCUUCUGCGGGAUCUGCAAAGACAGAUCGCGGUAUCGUCUUCGCCGCGUACCGGAAGCCUAGCGUUGAUGGAAGCCUCGCCGGGGUUGGAUCCAGCCAGGUCGAUCUAGUGAGUAUCUAUAAGGACGCUAAAGCGCUAGUUGAAAUGCUCAUUGACAUCCACAUCGCGAACCGACUUAGCCAGCCCCUAUCAGGGUCUCCGGGCUCUGAUGAGACGGGGUCGAUGCCUGAGCAACGAGCUGGUGUCAUUUGAGAGAGAAGUACCUUUGGCCAAUGUCCUCCAUCUUGGAGCACGUUCUUACGAUGGGUUUCCUUUUUUUUUAUUCGGUUUAGACCCAGCCUCAACUUACGUCGGCCUGAAUACUUUCAUUCUCGGUUUCUAGGCAAGAUUUCUCUGGAGCGGAUUGCUGUCUUUUUCCCCGGAUGAUGGAGAACAGGAAGAGACAAGUUGGCUUAGGAGACUGCGAGGCUACGAGCACCUGGUUGACACAUCGAGGACUAGCUCUCCCAGCGACGACGCAGUUUCUGUUGCAGAAAUUUGUGCAGGCAGGUAAAGCAACAGACAACAGGAGAAGUUGCGGGCAACUGUUGAGCCCCAUGAUAAUGUUUCCAUACAGUACACACACACACACA